AUGGUUGAUAAUCCAGAUAAAUUAUGUACAAUUUGUCUGCGCAAAUUUUCAUCGUUAUUAAAAUCUGAUCAAUUAAUAUGGAAAAAACAACUUGAAGAACAAGUUGAUAAAGUUUAUUGUGAAGAAAAGCAACAAGCAAAAUUAAAUUUAACUGAACAACAAAAACGAAAACAUCAUCGUGGUGAAUCAUGUCGAAUUGAUGAAGAAUUACCAAUACAAAUAAUAAAUAAUUCUUAUGAUAAAAUUAUAUUUCAUCAUAAUCAAAAAUUAUUUAUUGAAUAUUUUCUUCGUGGAUAUUGUCCAUUAAAUUCUAUAUUAUCUGAACAUCUUGUUAAUUAUUUAACAACACAUGAUCAAUUAAAUGAUUUUACUUUAUCAUUAUUUUCAUCAAAUGCAACAUGUCUUAAAAGAUUUGUAAUUAAUGUUAAAUAUUUAAGUCGUUUACAAUGUCAUAUACUUAAUCAACAUCCAAAUAUAAUUGAAUUAGAUAUUAUUUUUAAAGAUUCUAAUUCAAAUCGUACAAUUAAUAUGACAAAUGAAAUGUUUUAUCAACAUAUAUGUCCAUCUAUAUAUUCAAAAUUUGAUGAAAUUUAUACACUAUAUGGUCCAUUUAUAUUACAUCAUAUUCAUUCACGAAUACAAACAGAAUCAAGACGAUCAUCAAUAUCAAAUAAUUCUUUAUUACAAAAUUUACCAAAUUCGUCAGAUGAAUUUUCACAUCAUAAAUUAUUAAAUGGAAUAUUUAAUAAUUUACAUCCAAUGACAAUUGAACGUUUAAAAAUAUUAAGUCUAUCACAUUAUAAAUUUUUUACUGCUUCUCAUUCGACUGCUGCACGAAAAUAUUCACUUGGUGAUAUGUCACCAUUGACAAAAUGUUCGACAAAUUCAUCAUCACCAUCAUCAUCGACAAUGUCAAUACCAGUAAAUUUUAUUCCAAUAAAUCUUCGUUUAUUAUUAAAAUUUACAAAUUUAACAUCAUUAAAUUUAAGUUCAACAGAUAUUAAAAAUCCAUGUAUUGAUAUGAUUAUUGAUUCAUUACAAAAUUUAGAUACAUUUGAUUUAUCAUUAUGUCGUUCAAUAAAAUUAUUUAAUUCAUUAUUAAAAUUAUCAUCAAAAUUAAAAUGGCUUAAUUUAUAUAAUUGUUGUUUUCAUAUGCAACAAAAUCCUAGUAUAUAUCAUAUAUUAUAUCAAUUAAAGUAUCUUGAAUAUUUAGAUAUAAGUAAUGAUAAUACAUUUAAUGAUAAUAAUAAUAAUAAUACAAGUACAAUAAUUGAUAGUGAAAAUGAUAUAAAUAAAUUUUUACGUGAAGAUAAUUGUUUACCACGUUUAAAACAUUUUGAUAUAAGUGGUCAAAAAACAAUAUCAUCAAUAUCGUUAUAUCAUUUUUUAUUAAAACAUAAAAAUUUGCAAUUUCUUGGAUUGUUUUUAACAAAUGAAAAAUAUUCAUCUUGUUUAUUUGAUAAAAAUGAUUUAUGUUAUUCAAAAUAUCGUCAUUAUACAUAUGAUUUACAUCAUAUACAAACGGUAACAUUAACAGAAAAUGAUAUAACAUUAUAUGAACCAUAUCUUAUUGAAGCGUUAACACGUUAUCGUGAUCGAUCUGGUUUUGUACAAAAAAUUCUUUUUUAUAUUUUUUUUCUAACACGUUCAUUUCAUUCGAAACAACAAAAUCUUCUCAUUGAACUUAUACUUCAUGUUAUGUCAACACAUUCAAAUUUACAACCAGUACAAAUGGCAUCAACAGCAUGUAUUUAUAAUUUAACACGCACACCAAUAACAGAACAAAUACAUAUUAAAUAUUUAGCACAGAUUGUUCAAGCAACAAUGAAUGUUAUGGCAACAUUUCCAAAUCAUCAACAACUACAAAAAAAUUGUUUAUUAACAUUAUGUAGUGAUCGAAUUUUACAUGAACCACAUUUUAAUUUUUAUUUAUUAGCUACAUUAGUUAUGCAUAAUUUAUUGCAUUAUACUGAUUUAGCUAUAAUACAACCUGGAGUAGCUAUUUUAUCUUUAUUAACAACAAGAUUAACAAUCGAUGAAUGUACACAAUUAGGUUCAAUAACAAAUUUAAAACGUUUACUUCAAUUAAUUGAACAACAAAUCGAGCGUUUACAAACAAUACAAAUAAAUCAAAAUCAACAAGCACACAAUGUACAUAAUGAUCAAACUCAGCAAACAUUAAGUGAUAUUGAUAUAACAUUAAAUCAUACUCAACAAUUAACUAGUGAUGAUACAUUACGUUUUUGUUUAAGUUUAUUAUGGAAUUUAACUGAUGAAAAUGCAAUUGUUUGUGAAAAUUUUAUUCAAUCAAUGGGUUUACAAUUAUUUCAACGUCUUCUUCAUUUAUUUUCAACAGAUACAAUUGUAUUAACAAAAAUUGUUGGUUUAUUAAGUAAUAUAGCAGAAGUAUCACAUUUAAAAAUUUUUCUUUAUUCAAUUGAUAUUAUUCCAUUAAUGCAAAAAUAUAUAACUGAAGCUAUACUUGAUGUUGCUUUUUCAGCUAUUGGAAUUCUAGCACAUUUACUUUAUGAACAAACAGAUGAUGAGAUUAAUUUAGAAUUAUGUCAACAAAUGAGAGAAACAAUUGUAUCAUGGCAAAAUCCACAUACAAACAUGGUUACAUAUAGAUCUUUCAAACCAUUUUUACCAUUACUUCAUUGUACUCGACUACCAGUUGUACAAUUAUGGGCAGUAUGGGCUAUUCAUCAUGUUUGUAGUACAGAUCGUGCUCGAUAUAGUCGAAUAGUUCGUGAAGAAAAAACUUAUGAAAUAAUGCAAAAAUUAUAUGAUGAUCAACUAUUAUCUGAAUAUCCAGAUCCAUUGAUGAUUCAACUACUCAAAUCGACUCUUCAUCUUCUUAAAUCGUAUCAUUCAAAUCGUCAUCAACAUUCUUCUGCUGUUGCUAGUUAA